AAGCCACUGUACGGGCCCUAUAAAAGCUGGGUAGUCGACGAACAAAUUCACAGUCGUUCUUUGCCUCCUCCAACAUGAAGACUUCUCUUGUGAUUCUGGUUUUGAGCGCCGUUGUGGCCGCUGUUGUUGCGGAUGGCGAAUAUGCGCCACCUGCUUACGAGAAGAAGUACGACGGCUACUUCCAGUACGCCAAUGUGCCCGGCCCAUACGAAUACGAAUUCGGAUACAACCGCGGAAACGCUCAACACAACCGCAACCAUUACGAGCAGUCCAAGGAUAGCCGUUUCCGCACCAAGGUCAAGUGGAAUGAUGCCUACUCCGGAUAUGGUGAGCACUACUGGGAAUACAACCAUGCUGAUGGAUACAAAGCUCCCGCCUAUGAAGCCCCAGCUUACUCCGCACCGGCUUACUCCGCACCGGGUUAUUCCGAGAACAUUCCAUCCUUCGAGCCAGCCCCAGCAGCUAGUAAACAGUAAAUAAUAAUUAUUAUUUACUGGGCCGAGCUUGCUCCCAGCACAAAAAACCAUGGAUAUCCUUGUCAUCAUCAUCGACAUUGUCUCUCCAUUCUAAAGUAAUAAGUGCGGCCUUGUGUCUGCUGGUCAGACGCCUUAUCGAUCCAUCCAUUCCCCACCCGAUCGCCCUCAAAUCUUGUUAAUUAUAAUAAAUGUUGUUAAUAUUGGAAACGUCUUCUUCUUGGCAAAUUUUUAGUUCAUUUUGAAAUUGCCGCAUAAAUUUAAUUAUGAAUACAGGAGGUAGUUUUUCGAA